CAGGCAGCGGUGAGAUCGGUGGAAACAAAACGCGGAUGAUUGCGGGGAAAAAAUCUUCGUUGAUUUGGAUUUAAAACCCUAAAAUGUCGGACUCAUUGAAAACAGAGAGUCUUCAGGAUCGGCUGGACCGUCUGCAGGAGCUGACAGAGUUUACCGAAAACUGCAGGAAACAGCUGAACGAUAUAUUUGAAACGCUGGGAUGGUCGCUGGACUACAAGCAGGAAGAAAUGGAGCAGUGUCCCUACGACCCCGACCACAGAGUCCCAGUCAGGAGCAUGGAGAAACACAAGGCCUCCUGCCGCCUCAGAAAGAUGGGCUACUCAGAGGAGGAGCAGGCGCAGAUGUACAACCCUUCUGUGUGUUAUGAGAACAGCAGCGUCCGAAGCUUCACAAUGGACAAAUCCACCCAGCACCAGGUGAUCCUACAGGCAAGAUCUGCUGCACCGCUGAUGAGGAUGGAAGGAGUGUUCUGGCAAGGUCAGUACUCCGGCGAGCCCGUCGACGUGCCUCAGAACCAUAAGCGAGCUGUGUGUGAUCUCACUGUGGCCGACCGAUUGGCUCUGUACGAUCACGUGGCCGGCGUCCUCAGCCAUCAAAAGGAAGCUGCCUCCUCCAACAACGAAGAUCUUUAUGUAGAUUUGGUGUCCAAACUUCAGAAGGACGAUGAACAGAACGAACCGAAGACUCAUCUGGAGCUGAUGGCAGAGAUGAGGGACUACAAGAGGCGGCGCCAGUCCUAUCGAGCCAAGAACGUUCACAUCACCAAGAAGUCCUACACUGAGGUCAUCAGAGAAGUUAUCAACGUCCACUCAGAGGAGCUCGCCAGACAGUGGAGGGAAGAGCAGGAGUCGACACGCUCUGAGCACUCCUCCCACAGGCGUCGGUUGGAUGAAAGGAGAUCAGCGUCCUCAGAGUCUCAUCACUCCCACAGCAGAAGCCAUCGCAGCCGGGAACGAAGCCAAGACAGAGAAAGCAAGAAGAAGAAGAGGAAGAAGAGGGAGAGGGACUCUGGUUCCCCAAGUGACCACAACCAUGACCGAAAGAAGAAGAAAAGGAAGAAGAAGGAGGAGAGGGAGAAGGAGAAGUGAUAGUCUUGGAUCAGCAACGGCAGAAGUCUGAUCAUAUGAGGUCAUGGGUCGCCGUGGCCUCUACAGGUCUAAAUAUGUUUGAUAUUAUAGUAUUUUAAGUUUUUAAACUGGGAACAAAGUCUGGAACCAGCAACAUGAACAUUUUGAGCUACUUGUGCUUCAGACACCAUGAUGAGCAGUACCACGCUUUACAGUGUCAUUACAUGUCUGCCAGUCCCGAACAGACUCCGCCUGCCUCUGUCUGAUUGGCCGAGACUGAUUUCCAACCACACACCACUUGGAAUGUUGGACAGGAGUGUCAUAGCUGGCACACGUUUACCACGGGGUCGAAGGUCACUGAGUUUCAGGCCUAAUUUUACUUUGUGUCUGAAAGUGUCACACAGGAUUUCUGCAGUCUUUAGGAAACACUAGAAAAUCUUUUAAUUUGAAAUCUGGGUCGCAAAUGUUUAGAUUUUUACACAAAGUUGUUUACUUUAAAAACCACGAUUCUGUAGAACAACACACACACACACACAUGCAGAAGAGCUGGUUUUUCAGUUUGUGUCAAUCCAAAGUAAAAGCUGUAACACUGGAAUCGGCCAUGACACCCAACCUGAUUCAUUUUGAUUAAAUGUCAUUAGUUUCACACGUUGUAGUGCUUUUCAUUUUCACCUCAAAUGAUUCUGUUUAUGUUGUGAAUGUGAUGUAAUUAACACUAAAGCUUAAACAUUUUUUAGAUCUUUUAGGCAAACAAGAAAAGUUCUGUAAAGUUGAAAUGUUUCCAAACAUUUGCUCUU